CUGCCUCACCUGAACUCUUCGUUCACUACAUAGAGUCUAAUAUUGUGUCAACUUUCAUGAUCAUCAUUUUCAUUGAUUUCUGUUUUUAAUUGUUGUUUUUUUUCUUAAAACGUGAUGAACAACAUGUAGUCCAUACAGGAACAAGUUCAGCGAUUAGUUCAUUAGUAUUUAAUGAUGAUUCUGAUCUUUUUUGAAUGUCAGAAUAUUCAAUAAAUAGUCGAAAAUGUAACCAACAUGUUUUAUUACGUCUGAUCACAUCACAAACUGUGUCAUCAAAAGAAACUAAUUCAAUGAACAAUAAUAAUUCUAUAAUAAAUUAUACAAUUGUUGUUACUAAUGUUUGUACUACUGCUACCAUCAACAUUUCCAUUCCAACUGCUACAUCAAUCGUUUCUGAUAUUGUUGCUAUACCUCGAGUGAAACAUCCAACAAUUAUUGAUUAUGUAACUCAUGAUGAGACACGUUUAUAUGAUAAGAAAAAUAACCGACUUACAUUGAAUAAAAUUACUGGACAACGAUCAUAUUCAAUUGAUUCUGACUGUAAUGCGUUAAAUAAAAAUAACAAACUUGUGACUGGAAUAGCAACAAUUGUAUCACCAAUGCUAUCAUCAGAUCAUGAAGUACAACGUAGAGUUAAUAUAGGUGAUUCUGAUUUACGUCCAUUAUCUGAUGCAAUGAUCAGCAAUCACGAUUAUGAUUUAAAUCGUAAUAUAAAUUAUCAAGAAAUAUCCAUGGAAUCAUCAUUACAAGAAGAGGAUAGAAAAAAUUCUAACCAUCAAAUAUUAUACAAAUCUCAUCCACCAUUGCCACCUUUAUGGUAUAAUAAUAAUAAUAAUACUGGAAGUUCCAGUAAUGGUGGUCUGUAG